AUGGGUGAGCGUAAAGUUAUUUCUAAAUAUUAUCCACCAGACUUUGACCCAAGCAAGGUACCAAAAAUCAAAGUUAAAAAAGCAGCAUAUACAAAAGUAACUACAAUGUUACCGAUGAGUAUUAGAUGUAAUACAUGUGGUGAAUAUUUGGGAAGAGGUACAAAAUUUAAUGCAAAAAAAGAGACAGUCCAAGGCCAAGAUUAUUUAGGUAUUAAAAUAUACAGAUUCUUUAUUCGUUGUAAAAAGUGCGCAGCAGAGUUAACAAUUAGAACUGACCCAAAGAAUUCAGAGUAUGUUUGUGAAAGUGGUGCAACUAGAAAUUAUGAACCAUGGAAGGAGACAAACGAAGAAAAAGAAUCUAGGUUAACUAAAGAGCAAGAAGAGGAACAGGAUGCAAUGAAGGCUCUCGAAAAUAGGACCAUCGAAUCGAAAAAAGAAAUGGAAAUGAUGGAUGCUUUAGAAGAACUUAAAGCAAUGAAUGCAAGGGCAAACGAAAUCGAUCACGAGCAAUUAUUAGAAUAUAAUUUACAAAAACAAGAGGAACAAGAAAGAUUACAGGAUGAGGAGGAUGAAAAAUUAGUUCAAUCUAUAUUCCACAAUAAUAAUACUUCAACAAUACAUUCCGAUUCAGAGGAUGAAGAAAUUCAUAAUAAUAAAACUAUUAAAAAA